AAAAGCGAGGUGGAGUGUCUGAUCCAGCUCUUCGACACGCUGGUGGCCGAGUCCGGCAGCCGCUUUGCCGCGCCGGGCUUUGACCGCAACAUGUUCAGAGAGACUCUGCACAGCGCGUUCGGUAUGACGGACGACAUGAUGAUGGACAGAGUGUUCCACAUUUUUGAUAAAGACAACAAUGGCUGCAUCAGUGUGGUGGAAUGGGUGGAAGGCUUAUCAGUAUUUCUCCGGGGGACACUGGAAGAAAAGAUUAAGUACUGUUUUGAGGUUUAUGACCUGAAUGGUGAUGGAUACAUUUCAAGAGAGGAAAUGUUUCAAAUGCUGAGAAACAGCCUUCUCAAACAACCGUCAGAAGAAGAUCCUGAUGAAGGAAUUAAGGACUUGGUAGACAUAGCACUGAAGAAAAUGGACUACGAUCAUGAUGGGAAGGUUUCUUUUAUGGACUUUGAACAAGUGGUCAGAGAUGAAAAUCUUCUCUUAGAAGCCUUUGGACCAUGUUUGCCAGACAUAAAGAGCCGUAUGGCAUUUGAACAGAAAACUUUCCGUGAACCUCAGAAACUAUAA